AUAACACAUGUGCAUGAAGUAUGGGGCAUUCUGAGAUUUGUUGCAUCCUCUUAUUGAUCUUUAACUUGCGACUGGCAACGAGCUGUGGCUCAGGAGAGUAUAGUUUUCAGGCACUGUGCUGUCCUGUGUGCCGUGCAGGUGCUUGUGUUUCAAAACACUGUACAUCAUCAACAUCUACCAUAUGUGUUCCCUGCGCUUGUGGAGCUUUCAUAGACCAGCCCAAUGGUUUAGAAAAGUGUUUCAAGUGCAAAUAUUGCAAUCCAGAGCUGGGACUUCAUACUCUGCGGGAAUGUACUGAAACUCAGGACACAGUGUGUGACUGCAAAGAGGGGUAUACUUGCUUAGUCAAAACAAAAGAUGGAUGUCACAUGUGCACAAAAUAUAUCUCACAUAUUUUCAAUGGAAGUACAAACAUCAAAAGUAUGAUACAAGUUGAUCCUAGACGUCAUGAAGAGAGACCAACAACACAGUCUGGAAUUACUCACAAUGAUGCCAUCAUUAAGUUUUUGGGUCAGGAUGAUACACGGAAUCCAUCAAUGCUUGGGAACAAAACUACAAAGAAGAAAUCUGUUUCUAAAUCAGAAAUACCGACUACAUUCAGGAAGGAAGGCCCAGCUCUAGAAACAACUACAGGAAAACCAAAAUUGGGGCGUGGACAGGACCCUUUAACAAUAACAAUAACAAAGAUACUAACGACACUGAUGCAAACAAUUGAUCCAGCAUUUCCUAAAGAAUCUUUAAAGCUGCAGGAGGCAGGGAACACAGCCAUUACAGAAUUACAAAAUACAACGAAGACCAGCUUGGCAGGCUUGCAGAGUGUUGUGCAAACUGCAAAUAUUCGAACUGCUAUUCUGUCUGGAAUGGCAGGCCUGCAAGGUGCUAUGAAAACUGGCAUGGCAGAUAUUCAGAAUGCAUUGCAUACUGGAAUGACUGGUAUUCAAGAAACUUUAAAGUCUGGGAUGGGCUGAUAUCAAAGGUAUCAAGAAUGGUCUCACUCAGGCUGAGAACACUUUGAAACAACUACAAACAAAUUCUCAAUCUAACUGGGUUCAAAUUACCAAGCAGGUUGGUGCAUUGGUCAACUUACUGACAAAACUUGCCUUGAACCAGUCAGUCUCCUUCAUCCAGCUUAGGGAUGUUACUUGCAUGCUUUCCAAUAAAACAGAGGCAAAAGCAGAGGCAAUGCAAUUGCAGGAAACAGCAAAGCAGCCUUAAGAUACAAUAACGUCUAUAAGAUAGACCUUGAUAGGUUCCCAGCUUUGGUUCUUCAGCUUCACACAAUCGGAGCACUGAGCUAUUGGUAUCCAUUAAGGAUGUGUAGCCCCCAAAAAAAUCAGCAAAUUAUAAAUAAAUAUAUUAUUUUCUGGAUGGCACUUUACUCAUUUAUUUUCUUCCUGUAACAUACUGUAUACACGUUUCACCUUGGAUUUUGCAAUUUGUUCAAUUCGUUUCAA